GCAGCCUGGAAAGAGGGAGGGGAAUGGAUCUCUUCAGUGUGAGUCGCCGGAGCUCCCUCAGCCCGCUCCUUACCACCUGCCCCUGACAGGCCGUUCUUGUCAUUAGUUAUUCUUUCUUUUUGUUGGUUUUGAAGAAUCAUCUCCCACCGCCUUCAUGAGAGGGCUGAAAGAAGCACUGAUUUGUCCUCGGUUGCCAGCGCUCUGAUGGGAGGCAGUGCCGACUCUGGCUGGGACUGGGGAUGCUGAGCGGGGGGAGGGAGGGCCUGUUUGAGCUGGGACAGCAGCUCCAGCAGCAGGGGGAGUACCAGGCCGCUUUACACUGCUUCCUCAGCUGCCUGCUGGGACUGACCCAUGUGCAGAGCUUCACCUCUCUGCCCAUCUGCCUUCACCAGAUUGCAGAACUUUUUAUCACGGAAAAAAACUAUGGGAAGGCCCUCCAGUUCAUCCAGGCUGAAAAAAUGUUCUACGAAGUGGCACUGAUCGAGCUCACAGCGCUGCACGGGAGAACAGAGCCCCAGGAGGAGCCUUUGCUGGGUUCUGCAGGAUGGACGACCCCAGAGGAGCUCUCAGAGCAGGCUUCUCAGGCUCAGCACCUCGAGCGGCUAGCCCAGCUGUGCAUCAUGAGCAAACAGCCUCAUCUUGCACUAGAGUACAGUGGUAAGGCUACGAAGAUCCACCAAAAGACCUUUGGUAAUGACCAUCCGAUUACUGCCAGAAGCCUGGAGCUCAUGGCCACAGUCUAUGCUGAGAUUGGCAAGACUGAAUAUUCAGACUCCUUAGGGCAGUGUGUGUCUGCGCUGUCCAAACACUUUGCUGCUGCUGAGUCUAUCAGAGACACGGUCAAAGGUCUUCCUCAUUCUCAUCGGGAGAAACACUCAGAGGUUCGCCAUAGAAAGGACACUCGCCAACAACAGGAGGAUGAGCCAAAAGCCAAGUUACCCAAUGGAAGAAUCCCCACAUCCAUCCUCAAGAGGCCAAGCUCCAGUUAUGGGUUGGAAACAGAACACAGACGGACAGGUGAACGGAGGGUUCGAUUCCGGGAGCCGGAGACCACGGUGCAUGACAUUCCUUCUUUUGACAGCACAGACUAUGAGGUGACGCCAUCCCGCCCCCACCUUGCCUUGUUUACCUGCCUCUUCCUGAUGAUGUCCUUCCUGGGCGUGGCCAUGUAUUGCACCGACCGGCGGCGACCGCAGCCGGCAUGCGAGGAGCUGGAGGCGUCACUGGCUGUGUAUCUGUUGCACAUGAAGCAACUUGUGUGGGGCUGUUGGUUAUGGCUGACCAUGCAGUGAUGGACACCAGCCACAGGCCGGGCAUAAACACUCAAUAGCCACAUGAGUGGAAAGGUUCAAGUCCAUAUAGAUGCGCACUCUUUAUAUUUCCAUUAAGGAGUUGGAAGCGGUAGAAAAUGGAUGGAUGGAGUUGGAUUGUUCACUUCGAUGAGAAAAUUAUAAAAUAAAAUCCUCAAAAUGUUCAAGACGGAAAUGGGGCCGCAAAAAAAUCUUGCCAAGGGUCACAAAAAGCCUAGUGGCGGAAUACUGGGUGCAUAUUUGGUGAUGGACCGGUCUUACAUUAAAACACGGAGCUUCUUUUAUCUUUUGAAUAUGUGCAGAGUGCAGUGAUGGGCAUGGAACUACUAUUCUACUUCUGACAGUUUUGCACAUUUGCACUCACGUAUCCUUUUCUUGAUUUGAUUCAUCAUCACUGUCGACAGGAUGUGAUUGACAAUGAAUGAAAAUAAUUAUUUUGGUACAAUAGACAACUUGAGUAUAUGCUGUCAAACCUUUUUGACGGAAUGUGUGUGCACUUAGAUCAUUCAAGAAUAUUAAUUUGAGACACAUUUGUGCGAUCCAAUACAAGAGCUGUAUCAAAAGUUGGGUUUUUAUUGACACUGUCAGAGAUUAUGGCUUUAACGCCACAUUAAUAAAAGUAUACAUAAGUACUUAUUUUACUAUGUCAAUCAAAGCUUUGCCUUAUAACAGUAGGGAAGGGAUUUAAAAGGCUCCAGGCGUGGGUGGCUCUCGUGUGAGAGGAAGGGGUUGGGUUAAUAAUUUGCUGAAAAUGAUGGAAAGCGCCUCUCUAUAUGGAAACAAAUGCUGUGGUCAAAGUUGGAAUUGCCACAAAACACAUUUAAAGAUAUUCAACACCACUGCCAUCUGGCGGCACCUAAAACCCGUCACUUUUCAUGCGUCAGAUAAACCGCGACGAAUGGAGCCAAAUCAAUCCCCUUCCUACUGUAUCUUUGUAAAGGCAAAAUCUUUGUAAGAGCACAUGUGUUGGAUCUGAUUUAAUUGUACAGAUGUAUUUGAUAUGUAGAGUGUGUUUGGCAGCUAUAAUACAGUACAUGCCAAGUAAGGAGGAGGAUGUCUGUAAAUGGCUUGCUUUUUGUCACAUGGCAAAGCUCAUGGAUGACAACCCCUGGAAAGAGUAGUGGUCAAAGGCCUACUAAAACCCACUACUACCCACCACGCAGUCUGAUAGUUUAUAUAGCAAUGAUGAAAUAUUAACAUUACAACACAUGUUAAUACGGCCGGUUUAGUUUACUAAGUUGGAAUUUUAAAUUUCCCGGGAGUUUCGUCUUGAAAACGUCGUGUAAUGAUGACGUGUACGCAAGAUGUCACAGGUUUUAAGGAAAUAUGAGCGCUGCACACACACACAGUUAAAAGUUGUCUGCUUUAACGGCAUGAUUACACAGUAUUUUGGAGAUUUGUGUUGCUGAAUCUUUUGCAAUUUGUUUAAUUAAUAUUGGAGAAGUCACAGUAGAAAGCUGGAGUUGGGAAGCUCUAGCCUUAAGCCACACAAACACACGGUGAUUCCUUGUUUAAAAUUUCUGGAGGUGAAACUUUACUAUGGAUCAGAGCGCGCGGUCAAGCAAACAUGAAUCACGACGGAAUGUCAACCAACAGGUUUCGGUGAGAAAAUUGUGUUAAAAAGUUGCUUCUUACCGGAGAAAAGCUGAGCCUGUGCCGUCCAUAAAGCUGCCGUCGACUUCCCUGAGUCAUUGGCGUCAAGACACCUGUGGACGUACACCUCCGACUAUCAGGUACUAUUUAACUCACUAAAACACUAGCAACACAGUAGAAAGAUAAGUAAUUUCCCAGAAUUAUCCUAGUAAAUGUCUCUAAAAACAUCGGAAUCCGUCCUAAUGCAAUCACGUUUAAAAAUUAUUAUUAUUUUUUUUUUUCUAGUCCGUCGCUAUCAAUAUCCUCAAACACGAAUCUUUCAUCCUCGCUCAAAAUAAUGGGGAAAUUGUCGUUUUCUCGGCCCAAAUAGUACUUUUUGUUGGAGGCUCCCAUUAAAAUCAAUGUGAAUAUGUGAGGAGCCCACACACGUGUGACGUCAUCGUCUGCGACUUCCGGUAGAGGCAGGGCUUUUCUUUUAGCACCGAAAGUUGCAAACUUUAUCGUGGAUGUUCUCUACUAAAUCCUUUCAGCAAAAAUAUGGCAAUAUUGCGAAAUGAUCAAGUAUGACACAUAGAAUGGACCUGCUAUCCCUGUUUGAAUAAGAAAAUCUCAUUUCAGUAGGCCUUUAUAAUGACGCCCUUUGUGCUGGACCCUCUUGCAAUAUAAUAAGUAUGGAAACAAUUGACUUUUCUUGACCCUGUAAUGAACAUGAGGCCCAGCAGCUAAACUUACAUCCUGCCUGUAAAGUGCCCCCAUCUGACACAAACCCUGCCUGAUGAUGUUUUAAAUCUACAUUUGAAAGACUUCUUUGUGGUCCAGAUUAGAUAUGCUUUGGUGUACAUUUUGUAUAACCUGUUUUUUGAGUGCGUCUGCAAGAUGUUCAAUUCUGGAUGCAUUCCCAGAUUGCAAAUGAAACCCCGCCCCACUUUCUCCAAAAAUAUCGUAAUGUACCUUUUGAAAAUGUACACUGUUUAAAUAUAUACCUCGAAGUUGUUGUUUUUUUCCAGACACGGUCGGAAAUAAACUUCAUAAACAUUACACAGCUUUAUCAGGACACAACAUUAAGUACACCUGCACAAUCGUCGCUCAAUUAAGACUGCAAAAAAAACGCUGCCUUUACCAGCAUUGAUGUCACCGCAUGCCCCACGUCGGCGUUAUUGUGCAGACGCCAAGAUUACAAACCCCAUUUCCAUAUGAGUUGGGAAAUUGUUAGAUGUAAAUAUUAACGGAAUACAAUGAUUUGCAAAACCUUUUCAAACCAUAUUCAAUUGAAUGCACUACAAAGACAAGAUAUAUAUUUUUUUGCAAAUAAUUAACUUAGAAUUUCAUGGCUGCAACACGUGCCAAAGUAGUUGGGAAAGGGCAUGUUCACCACUGUGUUACAUCACCUUUUCUUUUAACAGCACUCAAUAAACGUUUGGGAACUGAGGAAACUAAUUGUUGAAGCUUUGAAAGUGGAAUUAUUUCCCAUUCUUGUAUUAUGUAGAGCUUCAGUCGUUCAACAGUCCGGGGUCUAAACUGUCUUAUUUUACGCUUCAUAAUGCGCCACACAUUUUCGAUGGGAGACAGGUCUGGACUGCAGUCAGGCAAGGAAAGUACCCGCACUCCUUUUUUACAAAGCCACGCUGUUGCAACACGUGCUGAAUGUGGCUUGGCAUUGUCCUGCUGAAAUAAGCAGGGGCGUCCAUGAAAAAGACGGCACUUAGAUGGCAGCAUAUAAUGUUCCAAAACCUGUAUGUACCAUUCAGCAUUAAUGGUGCCUUCACAGAUGUGUAAGUUACCCAUGCGUGGCGCAGUAGGAGAGUGGCCGUGCGCAACCCGAGGGUCACUGGUUCAAAUCCCACCUAGAACCAACCUCGUCACGUCCGUUGUGUCCUGAGCAAGACACUUCACCCUUGCUCCUGAUGGGUGCUGGUUGGCACCUUGCAUGGCAGCUCCCUCCAUCAGUGUGUGAAUGUGUGUGUGAAUGGGUAAAUGUGGAAGUAGUGUCAAAGCGCUUUGAGUACCUUGAAGGUAGAAAAGCGCUAUACAAGUACAACCCAUUUAUUUAUUUAUCAUGCCUUGGGCACUAAUGCACCCCCAUACCAUCACAGAUGCUGGCUUUUGAACGUUGCGUCGAUAACAGUCUGGAUGGUUCGCUUCCCCUUUGGUCCGGAUGACACGAUGACGAAUAUCUCCAAAAACAAUUUGAAAUUUGGACUCGUCAGACCACAGAACACUUUUCCACUUUGCAUCUGUCCAUUUUAGAUGAUCUCAGGCCCAGAGAACCCGGCGGCGUUUCUGGAUGUUGCUGAUAAAUAGUUUUCGCUUUGCUUUAUCUUGCACUUACAGACGAACUGUAUUUAGUGACAGCGGUUUUCUGAAGUGUUCAUGAGUCCAUGUGGUGAUAUCCUUUAGAGAUUGUUGUUGGUUUUUGACACAGGGCCAUCUGAGGGAUCGAAGGUCAAGGUCAUUCGAUGUUGGUUUCCGGCCAUGCCGCUUACGUGGAGUGAUUUCUCCAGAUUCUCUGAACCUUUUGAUGAUGUUAUGGAAUGUAGAUGUUGAAAUCCCUAAAUUUCUUGCAAUUGCACUUUGAGAAAUGUUGUUCUUAAAGGCCUACUGAAAUUAGAUUGUUUUAUUUAAACGGGGAUAGCAGGUCCAUUCUAUGUCAUACUUGAUCAUUUCGCGAUAUUGCCAUAUUUUUGCUGAAAGGAUUUAGUAAAGAACAUCAACAAUAAAGUUUGCACAUUUUGGUGGCUAAUAAAAAAGCCUUGCUUGUACCUGAAGUAGCAGACGAUGUGCGCGUGACGUCACCGGUGUGAGGGCUCCUCACAUCCUCAGAUUGAUUACAAUCAUAGACACCAGCAGUGCGAGCUAUUCUGACAGAGAAAGCGACAAUUUCCCCAUUAAUUUGAGGGAGGAUGAAAGAUUCGUGGAUGAAGAAAGUUAAGAGUGAAGCACAAAAAAAAAAAAAAAAAAGAAAAGGCGACGGCAGUGUGAGCGGUUCAGAUGUUAUUAGACACAUUUACUAGGAUAAUUCUGGAAAAUCCCUUAUCUGCUUAUUGUGUUAAUAGUGUUUUAGUGAGAUUAUAAAGUCAUACCUGAAAGUUGGAGGGCUGCGGUGAACGCCAGUGUCUCCGGGAGAAGCCAAUGGAGGAGCCAAGAUCACAGCUGCCUUUUUGACAGCUACAGGAGGAGGUCACACAAUCCACUCAAGUCUCCGGUAAGAGCCGACUUAAUAUCACAAUGUUCCCAUCCAAAAACUAGCUGGUUGACGUAGAGAAACAUGUUCGUUUGACCGCUCUGUGUUAAAGCUUCACAACAAACAAAGAAACACCGGCUGUGUUUCGGCGCUAAAGGCAGCUGCAAUCCUCCGCUUUCCACCAAAAGCAUUCUUAUUUGACGUCUCCAUUAUUAAUAGAACAAAUUGCAAAAGAUUCAACAACACAGAUGUCCAAAUUACUGUGUAGUUAUGCGAUGAAAAGAGACGACUUUUAGCCGUAACUGGUGCUGGGCUGAUAUGUCCACUACAACCCGAGAAGUCACAAACACGCGUCAUCAUACGCGUCAUCAUUCCGCGACGUUUUCAACAAGAAACUCCGCGGGAAAUUUAAAAUUGCAUUUUAGUAAACUAAACCGGCCGUAUUGGCAUUUGUUGCAAUGUUAAGAUUUCAUCAUUGAUAUAUAAACUAUCAGACUGCGUGGUCGGUAGUAGUGGGUUUCAGUAGGCCUUUAAACUGUUUGACUAUUUGUUCACGCAGUUGUGGACAAAGGGGUGACCCUCGCCCCAUCCUUUCUUGUGAAAGACUGAGCAUUUUUUGGGAAGCUCUUUUUAUAGCCAAUCAUGGCACCCACCUGUUCCCAAUUAGCUUGCACACCUGUGGGAUGUUCCAAAUAAGUGUUUGAUGAGCAUCCCUCAACUUUAUCAGUAUUUAUUGCCACCUUUCCCAACUUCUUUGUCACGUGUUGCUGGCAUCAAAUUCAAAAGUUAAUGAUUAUUUGCAACAACAAAAAAAGUUUAUCAGUUUGAACAUCAAAUAUGUUGUCUUUGUAGCAUAUUCAACUGAAUAUGGGUUAAAAUUUAUUUGCGAAUCAUUGUAUUCUGUUUAUAUUUUACAUCUAACACAAUUUCCCAACUCAUAUGGAAACAGGGUUUGUAGAUGAGGAAUAUACUUUAUUCGUCCUUUUUUUCUCUUUUCUCAAUGAUCAAACUCAUCAUAGGCCAGCUUUAUGCACAAAUAAAUGUGAUUUUAUUAUCUUUUAUUUAUUACCCCUUCAUUCUUGUGGCACCACCUAAAGCAGUGUUUCUUAGCUAUAGGGCCUGGGCCCAUUGUUAGGCCGUGUGCAACCCCUAGAGUGCAGUCAAAAGAUAAAUCUCUUUCUCAGCUCUGGUGUGUAUGGGAUGCAGCGGCGCUCAGUUGUGAUACUCCUUCCCACCACUUGUGGCACUUACGACAAUCUCAAACCAACAGAAGAAAACUCAGCUAAAGUCAUAGAGACGUUUCUUAAGCGCAAACAAUUUAAAUUAAAUUAAAUUAAAAUUAUGGCUAAAGUGGUGAAGCUGUAAAUAUAUUUGCACUUUAGUUAUAUAAACUGUUUAGUUUAGACAAGGGGAACUGCACUUUUUUGGAAUUGUCCCUAUCGUUCACUAUCAUGAGCGACAAGAAGACAAACGUUUUUUUUAUUGCACUCAAACAUGUAAAAAUUGGCUCGUUCCAGGUAACUAGCAAUGCAGGAAUCAAUUCUACCUUGAAAUCCCUUUAAAAAUGCAUUCAAAAACGGUCAACAAUACUUAAUUUACCUUCCGAAACCGUUAUAAUAACCAGAGGUGGGUAGAGUAGCCAGAAAUCGUACUCAAGUAAGAGUACUGUUACUUUAGAGAUUUAUUACUCAAGUAAAAGUAAGUUGUAGUCACCCAAAUAUUUACUUGAGUAAAAGUAAAAAGUAUGUUGUGAAAAAAACUACUCAAGUACUGCGUAACUGAUGAGUAACCUGAUUACGGCAACAAAUAAUGCACAAAAACAUAAAAAUAGCAAUGAGCAAAUUCAGAGCCAUGAAUAUCUCUUAAGAAACUAAAACAAUAAUAUAUUUUAAAUAAUAGCACAUUAAAAUUAAAAAAAAUAAGGCACAUUGAGCCACAAUAACUUAACAGCACCAUAGGCUCAAUAGGCAUUGAUUGAUUGAUUGAUUGAUUGAAACUUUGUUUAGUAGAUUGCAUACAAUUGACCACUAAAUGGUAACACCCCAAUAAGUUUUUCAACGUUAAUCAAAUACUUAAUAAAUGACCAAGACGAGGUGAUCUACCUCAUAUAUACAUUUACAUACACACACAUAUCAUAUAUAUAUAUAUAUGUAUAUAUAUACAUAUAUAUAUAUAUAUAUAUAUAUAUAUAUAUAUAUAUAUAUAUAUAUAUAUAUAUAUAUAUAUAUAUAUAUAUAUAUACAUUUAUAUAUACAGUAUAAAAUGUAUAUUAUUUAUUUUGCCGUUUUUGUUGACAUGUUAAAGGUAUUUUAAUGAAUAUACAUGCAUGUUUAACAUAUAGAUUCAUAUCUUUCAUGAAGACAAGAAUAUAAGUUGGUGUAUUACCUGAUUCUGAUGACUUGCAUUUUAGUGCUGAUAACAUCCAUCCAUCCAUUUUCUACCGCUACCGCUUAUUCCCUUUCACAUCCACUUUUUCAAAUGGAGGAGAAAAAAAGUUCCUCUUUUCUGUCUAAUACCACAUGAAAGUCGUUGGUUUUUGGCAUCUUAUUUGUCCAGCUUCCAUAUUUGUUUUUAUACACUUUACAAGAAAUACAUUGGCAGCAAACUCCGUAGCUUGCUAGCUUGUUUGCGCUGGCUUUCGGAGACUCUUAUUUUGUUAGCGCAGGCGCGAUGGAGGGGCACUUUUAUUGUGAAGACAGGAACUGUGCGAUCAGUCUUUAGGCUUUUGACGGGAAGUACGGUUGAAAUAAAAAGUGUAUUUUUUUCCUUU